GUAGAAGCGGUCAAAUCCUGUGUAGAAAUCACUUCCUUCAACAAAGAAAGAUGGCUGAUGUUGAAGAUCUCCAGAAACUCAAGCUUGCGGAGCUGAAGGCAGAGUGCGAGGCAAGGGAUCUGGACAUAAAGGGAAACAAGGCCGAACUUAUUGCUCGGCUGCAAGCAUAUUUGGAGGAACAUGGAGAUGACUGUGGAGACGUGAAUGAAGAUGAUGUGCUGGGAGAGGACACAGAGGACUUCCCCAAAGCUGAGGAUGCCGCUGACCAAGAAAAUAACAAGGAGGAAGUUGCAGUGUCUGAGGAGUUGGCUGUUAAAAAGGUUGUGAAGAUCACACCACCAGUGUCUGUGGAUGAGAAAUUACAGAAAAGGGCUGAACGCUUCAAUGUGCCUGCAUCAGCUGAAAGCAAGAAAGCCAUACGUGCUGCCAGGUUUGGUCUGCCUGUUACCUCUCCAAGUCCCCCCGGAGGUGUAUCCCUGAAUAGCAAAACAGUGAGUAAUAUAAAGCCUGUGAUGGUCAGCGCUGAGCAGCUCAAGAAGAGAGCUGAACGAUUUGGCGGGAAUGUUUCCUCCAUUUCCAAAAAGGUUGAAGAAGACGAGAAGCUGAUCAAACGGAAAGAGAGGUUUGGGGUCCAGACCAGUGCUGUUCCUGCUAGUGCAGAUGUUGAGGCAAAAAAACAGAAGCGCUCUGAACGGUUCGGAAAGGUCUAAACAGUGAUGACAUUUUUGGAGUGCUGUUUUUUUAUAGCUCUGUAUUUUGUGUCAGACCUAUUUUCCCCUCCCUCCCUAUUUUGUAACAUUUUGUGAUUAAAAUUGUUUUCAGUUU